CGGGCGCCCACCCGCGCCGUGCCGGGAAGAUGGCUGCUGCUGCUGCCGCCGGCCGGGCCUGGCGAGCCGCUGGGCUGCUACCGCCUUGGCGGCUGUGGGCUCCGUGCAGGGCUUAUGGGGCUGCUGCUGCUGCUCCUCCUGUUCCUGGGGCUCGCAGGAACGGGGGCCGCCUGCUGCUGGGCGCUGCCUUCGCGCUGGGCGGAGGUGCCGGGCUCUUCCUGGCGGCGCGGCAGCGCCUGCGGGAGCACUCGGCCGCUGAGCUGCCUGCCGGGAGCCUGCAGCUCACUCUGUACCAGUACAAAACGUGUCCUUUCUGCAGCAAAGUUCGAGCUUUUCUUGAUUAUCAUGGACUGCCCUAUGAAAUUGUGGAAGUAAACCCGAUAAUGAGGAAAGAAAUCAAAUUUUCUUCCUACAGAAAGGUGCCUAUCCUGCUAGCCAAUGCUGGAAGCCCUCUGCAAUUGAAUGACUCUUCAGUGAUCAUCAGUGCAAUAAAGACCUAUCUCAUUUCCAAGAGGAAUAGCUUAGAAGAGAUCGUGUCCUUUUAUCCUCCUAUGAAGACUGUAACUGAGCAAGGCAAGGAGGUAUUGGAGUAUGGGAAUAAAUACUGGCUGAUGCUUGAUGAGAAGGAGACAAAACGGGUCUACCCUGUCAAAGAAGUGAGAGUGGAAGAAAUGAAGUGGAGAAAAUGGGCAGAUGAUUGGCUUGUUCACCUCAUCUCCCCCAAUGUUUACCGAACCCCCAGAGAAGCUUUGGCAUCUUUUGAUUACAUUGUCCGUGAGGGGAAGUUUGGUACCCUGGAAGGUUUAUUUGCCAAGUACAUGGGGGCUCUUGCCAUGUUCUUCAUUAGCAAGAGGCUGAAGAAAAGACAUCACCUUCAAGAUAAUGUCCGAGAAGAUUUGUAUGAAGCAGUUGAUAAGUGGGUGAAAGCUGUUGGCAAACAUCGACUCUUCAUGGGUGGAAACCAGCCAAACCUUGCUGACUUGGCAGUGUACGGGGUCCUCCGAGUCAUGGAAGGGCUGGAAGCCUUUGAUGACAUGAUGGUUCACACCAAGGUUCAGCCUUGGUACCAGCGCAUGGAAGAAGUCAUUCAAAAAGUUGCAGCCUGAUUCCUGCUGCAACUGCCUUCCUGAAGUACUUGCAUGGUAAAAAAAUUUCAGAAGGAAUGGAAUUUAUUUUUUAAGAGUUGAAUGGACUGGUCACACCGAAUGGACUGAGAUGCAAGCACCAGAGACUGUCCUGUGUAGAGAAUCAAGUGUUGAUGAGCAGAAGGGAUCCGGCUGCUCAUGUGUUUCAACAUAGUAUUUAGGAUCUUGGACACUGCUGGAGAGGACAAACUCUGUACUGAAAAAAGCAGUAAAUAAGCUGCUUUUAGCAGGGAGCCCUUCUCAGAGCAGGUAAAAGCAAGCUGCUGGUGGCUAGUGUUACAGCCAUAUCAGGUCUGAGCAGCUUUUGCUUCAGGCUGUCUUCCGCUACUCAUCCAUUCGUUUUCCUGACUGAGACACUGGAUAUUAGUCUUUAAAUGACAUUUUCCUGCAAUAGAAUACUGUAAGCUCAGUGCUGAGGGAACGGGAGGAGAAGCAUCCUUCCCCUGUGACAGGAACCACGCUGCCCACGACAGAAUUGUGGGCGUUUAAUCUUCCAUGUCAACGGUUCUUCCCAGUACUGUACGGUCUGCAAGGAUAAAAGCUUGCUUCUCUCCUGUCAGCUCCGAGUCCUUAACACCGGGAAAGCACAAAUGGAAACAAAAAAAAAUACACUUUGUAUCA